AUGCUGCGGGGCACGCAGGCCUGCCGGUUUGGGACAUUCUCCACCGCCCUUGCGGGCGGCGCCCUCCUCGCCGCCGCAUGCCUCGGCGUAACUGACCCGUUUGGCGUUUUGUUCCUCGGGGGCGCCGUGUUUCGCGCCUUGUCCCUCCCGGCGACGGUCUACGGCGACUGCUGCCUCGCCCGCGUGGCCUGCGCCCUGCCGGAGCUGCAGGAGGCGCAUCACGAGUACAAGGCGAUCGUCGACCACCCCCGUGCGAUUCUGUGGGAGAAGCGGGUCGCUGCGCAAAAGCUGAAAAAUGACCGGGAGCGCAUCUUUCGCAGCCACCACACGGACAACGUGCGCCUGGUGCUGCCCCACCUCGCCGCGCUGGCGGCGUCGUGCUACAGCCUGUGCACCCCGGCGCAGCAGCUGGGUGAGUGUGUGGGGGUCGCAGCUGUCGCCGCGCCCGUGAGUCUCUCUGCGUUGGGCCUCACGGUGGAUCCAACGCUGGCGGUGGCGGCGACGCUGACGCUGCUGAACACGCGCGAUCACCUGCAGCGCCGUAUGGGCUUCAACGACGGACUGGAUGCGUGGAUACGGCAGACGCAGCGGCACAUGACUCUCAUGUGGGGCGCCUUCGCGGCGGCGGUGCUGCUGGGGCAGUGUCUCGCCGGACCUGCCGCUGUGGCCCACUUUUUUCCGCCGCAGCUCGCACCGGUGUGGCUGGGCAUCAGCGUGGUGAGCAGCUGCAAGAGCCUGCUGGUGAACCACACCGCCCCGCUGCGGGCGCUCUUUCGCAUCCAGGACUACCCGCCAACGCACGGCAUGCACGGAGCCGUGGCCACGGCCGAGGGGCACGAGUACCGGCUGGAGUUCACCGGCGUGGACGCGGAGGAGCGGCGCGAGAUGUGGCAGACGCAGAAGAAGGCCCUCGACUACGAGUGCAACGUGCGGCUCCACCGCAUGCUGAAGCAAUUGGGCCUCUUCGACAGCGUUGAGGAGGCCGAGUACGAGGCGGAGAACUUGCGGAAAAAGCUGAACGUGGCCAGAGACCGACGCAAGAAGCUCCAGCAGGAAGCCGGCGGGGGUGACAGCGCGGACUCCGCAACCGCCUUUGCCGGCGCCUGCCGUGAGGCGGAUGUUGUGGGGCCCUCGGCCGAGGCUGUGGCGGAGCGCCACUUUGACGAGCUGCGGAGGGAGGAGAAUGCGCGACGGCAGAAGCGCAGAAACCUGCGAGGCUCCUGA